AGAGAGAGAGAGAGAGCGAGAGAGCGAGAGAGAGAGAAAGAGAGCGAGAGAGGGAGAGAGCGCGCACGAGGGGCGAAAAAAAGGUAGGGAUCGGAAACGAACCCUUACACCUGUGGAGAAAGCGUGAACGUUGGAGACCUAACGCGUGAGUCGUGACCGUGGAUGUGCCAAACGAGACGGAGCAGGGCGGGAUUCAUGAAGCUCGAGAAUCACAGCUGAUAGCAGCGACCAAGCAUUGCUAGUGCUUGUACUUGUCUUGUGGUAAACAAACAACGCCGACGAGUUCUACGAUGUGGUGGAGGAGGACGACGCGUGCCUCUGUGUGUGGAGUAUUGGCGGGACUGCAUUCACACGUGCCGACCGUGGUGCCAUUAUUGAUAUUUCUGCCGUUCUUGCUGGCACAGCCUCAGGCGAGUCUACCCGUGGAUUUUGGAUCUAGACCAAUAGCGUUUACAUGUCCACCAGGAUGGGAGAACUUUGGAAGCUCGUGCUAUAAACUAUUUGCUGGAAGGAAAUCCUGGAGAACAGCAUUGCAAACAUGCAAAAGUUAUGGCAGUGACCUGGUGGCUGUUGAUAGUUUUAAUGAAAACAAUGUCGUGGGAAGAAUAGCAUUGUCAAGCAACGUAAACGGCUAUUGGAUAGGUUUGAACGCCCUCUCCGGUCAGAAAGGGUUUGAGUGGAGCGAUGGGAAGCGGUUGGCACCGUUCCAAGGUUACUGGGCAGCCCGUCAGCCUGACAAGAGGAUGGGCAGGUGCGUACAGGGGCAGAUGGACCUCGCUACGUGGGAACCGCUGUGGAGCUUCACCACCUGUGAGAAGCUGUUGCCCUUCCUCUGUGAGACUGCUGCGUGCCUACCAGACACAUACCGAUGCUUUAGCGGGGAUUGCAUCAACCACCGGUGGGUGUGCGAUGGCAAGGCUGACUGCAGAGACGGAUCUGAUGAACUCAGCUGUAGAGAUGGCAGCUGCAUGUUGUACGAGAAGGGCAUAGAAGGUAUUGUCAGCUCACCCAACUACCCGAAACCCUAUCCACCCAACGCCGAUUGCCGCACUGUUAUAGAAGGACCCGUCGGAACAAAGAUAGAACUGCAGUUCACGCAUCUCGAGACGGAAAAGGGCCUUGACUACAUCCACAUCCUGGGCGGCAGUCCGAUGGAUCAGCUCAGCUACACGCUAGCCAUGAACUCGGGCGACGAACCGAACGUCAGCGACAUGAAAUACGUCAGCUACAACAACUUCAUGGUGAUCAAAUUCCGCUCAGACAGCAGGGUGCAGAUGAAGGGAUUCCGGGCCACCUGGCGGGCAGUUAAGGCUGAUUGCGGAGAAACACAGCUGGUGUCUACCCAGGUCAAGCAGGACCUGUAUUCACCCUUCUAUCCGGACACCUACUAUAACGGAAUGGAGUGCGUCUAUGUUAUAACUGCGCCAGGAGAGGACCUCAUUAGUCUAGAGCUCAUCGAUCUAGACCUGGAGUUCGUCAACGACUUCCUUCAGGUGCGAGACGGCGGCUCCGUCGACUCGCAUCUACUCUACACCUACACGGGCCGCAAGGGUCCCACCUUCACCAUCUCUACGGGACCAAAGCUGUACCUGUACUUCUCCACGGACACGACCAUCAGACAGAAGGGCUUCCACAUACAGUACCACACCGGUUGUAACAACGUCAUCACGGCGGAGUCUGGCAGCUUCGCGUCGCCUGGCAACUUCGUUGUCCGCUAUCCGUCGUCGCACACGUGCAUCUGGAAAGUGCAAACACCUGCCGGUCAACCUCUCUCCAUGUUCUUCGACAACUUCCGCGUCGCCGAAAACGACUUCGUCGAGGUGAGCAUCUAUUGCGGACCGGUUCCGCCACGCCGCAACGCUGACAUCGUUAAGGCGACGAACGUGACCUACAGAGGCGUCGCCACCUACCACUGCAAGACAAACCACGUCUUCAACGACGGCAGCAUCACGAAGGAGGGCCGCUGUCAGGAGACGGGCGUCUGGGAGGACGUCGACAACUGCAUUCCGUUCGCAAACUGCGCGCCGGCGCCGGCGAUCGCCAACGGACGCGCUCUGGCGGUGUACGACAACGGUACAGCCGCGUCGUCGAUCAUCCGCUACGAAUGUGACCCGGGGUUCAACCUCGCUGGUAUUCCCGUCGUCCGCUGCCUGCCGAACGGUCGCUGGUCGUCGGCACCGCCUGCGUGUCAGGGCGCUCAGUGCGCCAACCCACCACUGAUAGCUAACGGUCGGCUGGCGCAUGCUCCGCCGUACUACACUGGAGAGACGAUCGCGGUCGUCUGCGACGGCGGCUACGUCGGCAGCGGCGCCCUCUCGUGUCGCGACGACCGCGUGUUUUCCGAGGCGCCGCGCUGCGUCGACGUUGACGAGUGUCGGCAGCGCGGCUCUUCGUGCGAUCCGGCGACGACGACGUGCGUGAAUGCCGACGGCGCGCACGAGUGCCGCUGCCUGCACGGUCUCUCCCCGGAGCUCGCCUGCCGACCGUACGGCACCUACCUCAACGUCGGCAGCUCCGAUCCUAACCGCGUGUUCGUGUCCGGCAGCGACGGAGUGCACACGAAGCUCGACUUUGGGUUGAACGCGACGUACGGCUGGUGCGCGCAGGAACAGAACGCAGGUCGGCAGUGGAUCACCAUCGAUCUGAAAGCGCCGACAGUCGUCGAGGGUGUCGUGCUAAGGUCGGGCGUCCGACGCGACGGCGCCGUCGGCCACGUGACGCUCUUCUCGCUCGACUACAGCGACGACAACGUCGACUUUCGGCCGUUCGUCAACGAGUCGACGGGGCAGCAAUACAUUGUAGUUGGCCUGAUAGACGGUGACGACAGCCAGCCGAUACGCCUACCGGAGGUAUUCGAGGGUCGCUAUGUGCGGCUCGUCAUAGAGCAGUACAACGCCUUCCCCUGCCUGAGACUUGACUACAUCGGAUGCAGGAAGGCCAGUUGCACCGCCAGUAGCGCCUGUGCCGUAGAAAACGGUGGCUGUGAGCAAGUGUGUGGAACCCGACAGAACGGCGUGCAGUGUUCCUGCUCUCAAGGCUUUACGCUGUUCACUGGAAACGGAACUGAAGGUCACUUCCUGUCCGAAGGCGAGUCCGGACAUGCAGCGGAAGACAAGUACAGAAUCGGAAAGUCUUGCGUUCGUAAGAGCUGUGGAUCGUCGCCAUUCUUCCACCUCGACAAUGGCGUCGUACUGGAUCUGCAGCGGAACUACCGGUUCCGCGACAGACUACACUUUCACUGCAACGUCGGCUAUACCCCGCUCAACCGUAACUACAUAGAGUGCGGCAACAACGGAAGAUGGAUAGGAGAGGAACCCAUCUGCAGAGCGGCGACCUGCGAGAACUACAAGCAUGGGGAGAACGGCGUGGCCGUCUUCCCAACUACAUCUAGGGUUUCGUACGGGCAGAAGGUGAGGUUGACGUGCGUGGGCGAUGGCUAUGUACUCGGACUUGGCAUGGCUACCAGCAUCGAGCGUCAGUGUGUGUACGACCCUCAGCCGGGCUUACCGGACUACAGGCUUGAUGGUCCCACUCCGGAAUGCCAUCCAAUCGACUGUGGACCACCCAACAUUCCUUACGGUAUCUUUACCGGAUUGCGAGGCACCCAAGUGGGAUCUACCUUCAGACUUCGAUGCCAAGACAACCAUCCGCUAAGAGGUCAAAGUUCAAAUGGGGAUCCAAUGGUGACCUGUCUAACGAGUGGCAAGUGGGACUAUGGAACUUUACAGUGUGCAGGCUCCGGUUGCCAGGAUCCCGGUGUUCCCAGAGGAGGACUCCGCUUUGCAGCUUCCUACGAUCUUGGUAGCAUCGCCUACUUCAAGUGCAACGAACCUGGCUUCAGUCCCAUGCCGGCCGUCAUACAGUGCAUGUCCGUGAUCACCGCUAACGGUCCGGUGCCCGUGUGGAACGACACGAGACUUCCCACCUGCGUCGGAACCGUCCCGCCCCGCUGGAGGAACUGCCCGGAGCAGGAGGUGUUCGCGGACCGGCUGGGCAUCGUUGACUACAUCCCGCCGUCGGUGGUGGCGGUUGUCGGCCGGUCGUACAACCGCACGGUGUUCCCGCCCGUGUUCCCGCCGCAGCUGAUGCGCGAGCAGAUCGACAUCGUCUACAGCGUGCAGGACGAGUACAGCAAUGCAGCCUCCUGCACCGUGAUGGUCCGCUUCAGAGAUCAGAUUCCGCCGGCCGUGGUGUGCCCACCUUCGCUGGUACAACCACUCGUGUCGACUGAGCCAUAUACACUGACGUUUGGCGAGCGUAACUAUCCACCAGUAGCUUUGAAUGAUGACUCUGGCCAACAAGUCCAGCUUAGGUACGAGCCGUCGUCGGUGACGGGACAGGGAGAGAACCUGUACACGGUUAACAUCACGGCGAUCGACGCGGCUGGCAAUCAGGACGAGUGCACUUUCCAUGUUUACGUGCAAGCCGCACCAUGCACGGUUGCAUCGGCACCUCGCUCGCUGCACAGCACGCGUAGCUGCGAGGAGACGGGUGGAGAGUUCCGCUGCACGCUCGCGUGCGACGACGGAUACGUGUUCCCCGACACGAAGGAGGCGCGGCGGACGUACGCAUGCGCUGACGCGUCGCCGUGGUUACCUCCGCCGCCGGCCCCCGACUGCAUCGUCCGAGAAGAUGGCGCCCUGGGUCAGCAGUUCCAGCUGACUGCCAACUUCACGUAUCAGGCAGCCUCUUCGAUAGGCGCACACUGCCCCAAGCUCUACCAGUGCAGCUCAGUGACUUGUCCUGCUGGGACGUUCAGCGAGGGAGAGCAGUGCACACCGUGCUCGAUCGGUACAUACCAGGAUGGAGUCAACCAGCUCGUCUGUAAACCCUGCCCCGUCGGUAGAACCACCCGCUCCAUGUUCAGCAAGAGCAUAGACGCCUGCAUCGGACUCUGUCCGAGAGGGUAUUUCUCAGGGACGGGUCUUCCUCCGUGUGAUCCGUGUCCGUUCAAUACGUACGGGUCCGAUGUGGGAUCGACACAAUGCAGCGAAUGCCCACCGAAAACCUUCACAGCGGUCGUUGGUUCUCUGUCGUGCAGUGUGCCAUGCGCCCCGGGCACUUACUCGGAUACGGGCCUGGCGCCGUGCCAACCCUGCAGACGCGACUUCUACCAGAACCUCGCCGGCAACAAAUUCUGCAACGAGUGUCCGGCUCUCACAUCGACAGAGAGUUCUGGAGCUAUGAGCAUCGCCCAGUGUUACCUGAAAGGUAUCGAGUACAAGCCGCAGUGGGCCUCCGGCGAGCCGCCCGUCUCUGUGCCGUCACAGUCUCAAGACAACGGCUUUGGUGUCAUCAUCAGGCAUUACGACGUUCGCGACUUCAAUUUCUGCAUCACCAAGUGUCAGGAGAUCAACUACCCGGUGUGCGUCGGAGUCGACUUCAGCCAAUCUUAUGGAUGUGACUUACUGAGCUUGAGAGCACGAUACACGUCCAACUACUUGUACCAGUCAGACACCGGCUCUCCAUUCCUGCGCCCGUUUGAUGGAGACUACGUUUGCGCUCGACAGCAGGCGAACAUGCAGUGUGCAACCAGCAACGAGGUGCUGUCCCUGCAGUCUCUGAGACUCGUGGAUAUCAACACAUAUGACUGGGUGCAGAAGUGUCAGGCGGUGCCCUACUCGGGGCCUGCGUGCGCGAUCGAAGACAUCGCUUUCAAAGUACAAAACGAAUGUCAGGGUAGAUCAGCCUGUUCGUUCAUCAACCCCUGUGCUGACACGAAAACCUAUCUGGAGGUAGUGAUGGACUGUGUCGAAAACCCGUGCACUAGAGGGCCCGCGUGUAGCAACGGAGGCACUUGUUACUUUGCGAACCACAAAGUGCGCUGCCAGUGUGGACCCGGCUGGGAGGGAGAGUUCUGUGAUAGCAGACAGCAACCAUGCGCUUCAUCGCCCUGCUUCUAUGGCGGCUCUUGUCGCAACACGAACGACGGAUACGCCUGCAAUUGUCCCGCUGGUUUUGAGGGUGCACGCUGUGAGGUGGCGCCUGACUAUUGCCGAAAUAACCGGUGUGCAAACGGCACCUGCCUCAGCUUAGAUGGCGACUACGUCUGCAUCUGUAAGCAAGGCUUCAGUGGAAAGUUCUGUGACCACAGUGAUGAUCACCCGUGCAGCGGCUCCCAUAGUCCGUGCAUAAAUGGUCGAUGUGAGGCACUAGCGGAUGGCCAGUACAAGUGCCAGUGCAAUCCUGGCUGGACUGGCAGGACAUGCAACAUUAACAUCGAUGACUGCCUCGAUCAGCCGUGCGUCGGCAACGCCACCUGUAGGGACGAAGUCGAGUCGUACGCGUGUCACUGUCCGGCGGGCAAGACGGGGCCGCGCUGCGAGUCGUACAUCAGCGUGUGCGUGAACCGACCGUGCAGGAAUGGCGGCAUCUGCGUCGACGACGACCGAGGUUUCACCUGCUUCUGCGAGGAGGGUUUCACAGGCGUGCUGUGUGAGAGUGCAGUCGACGGGUGCGCGCGCGUUCCGUGUCGCAAUGGCGGCCGCUGCUCGUCGACGCGCGGCGGCUACCGCUGCCAGUGCCUCGCUGGAUUCUCCGGCGCAGACUGCCAGCACAACGUCGACGACUGCGCGGGGGGCAGGAGCCGCUGCGCGAACGGGGCGUGCGUCGACGGGUUACACUCCUACUCCUGCAAGUGCCAGCCCGGAUUCACAGGCGAGUUCUGCGAGUCGGCACUGGACAUGUGCGCGUCGAAUCCGUGUGGUGGCAAGGCGAGGCGGUGUGUCGGUCUCAUCAACGACUAUCUGUGUGACUGUGAACCGGGCUAUGGUGGCAAGCACUGCCAGGUUCAGGUGAGCCCGUGUGAGAAGUCGCCUUGCAAGAAUGGCGGCACGUGCCAGCAGGAGGGUCAGCUAUUCUCCUGCGCAUGUCCAGAGGGCUGGGCGGGGUCGACGUGCCAGCAGUUGGUGAGCAUGUGUCGCGGCCACCCGUGCGCACGCGGCGCCCCCUGCAUCGAUCUCUUCCAGGACUAUUACUGCGUAUGCCCUGAGGGCACUGCGGGCAAAAGCUGUCGAGACGAGUUCAGCGCAGAUCCGUGUGCAGGCGAUCCCUGUCUGAACAAGGGUACCUGCAUGACGAAGGAGCAGGGCUUCCAGUGCCUGUGUGCUCCAGGCUUCGACGGUGUCGUCUGCCAAUACGUGUCGAACACCUGUGAGUCGUCACCGUGCAAGAAUGGCGGAGUAUGUCAGGACACCGAUCAUGGCUUCAACUGCAGCUGCCCGGCAGAUUUCAUGGGCUCGACCUGUGAAGAGAUAGUGAACGACUGUGACAAACACGACUGUCCAGCCAACGCCAUCUGCCUAGAUGGAAUCGAAGAGUACUUCUGCACCUGUCCGUUCAACUUCACUGGCCCCAACUGUGACAAACCCGUCAACCCACACUAUGACCUGUCGUUCUUCGAUGAGUCCAAGACGGCGAGUGCUAGCCUUAAGUUUCCCUUCGAGCUACGCUCCACCCAGCUGACCGUGGCGAUGUGGGUGCGGUUCCCAACCUUCGACAUUCACGGAACGUUCUUCACUAUGUUCCGCAUCCCCCUUCCCAACAGCCUCGUCGGCAAGAAGGAGGUGAUGCACGUCAGCGCGGACAACCUGUACGUCAGCUUCUGGCCGGACGAGCCGCCGCUGCUCGUCGACUUCCGCCGCAACAAGCAGACGCCUCGCCUGCUCAACAACGGACAGUGGCACCACGUCGUCUUCACGUGGCAGUCCGUGCCGGGACACUACGCGGUCGUCGUCGACGGAGAGACGUUCGCCGAGGGAGAGGGACUGGGAAGCGGACGCUCGCUGCCGCCCUAUGCUUGGGUGUCGCUAGGCAACCGCCUCCAGGGAAAUGAAAACGCGUUUCGACAAGGUUUCUACGGUCACAUCAGCCGGGUGAACGUCUGGAGGAGAGCUCUCGAUAUUGAAACGGAGAUUGUGCCGCAGGCAUCGGGAUGCAAGGAAGCACCGGUGAUCUUCAACGGACUGGCGCUACGCUGGUCUGGUUACGACAACAUUGAAGGCAAGGUGGAGGUUGUACACAAUUCUGAUUGUGGUUCACUCAUCUGCCGCCCAGGCUACGAUGGUAGCUUCUGCAAUAUCACCACAGAAGAUAAGAUCCCACCGCAGGCCGAGCUGUGUCCGCCGAACAUCCGGGUGGUCAGCUCGUUCCGGCAGACGGCGAUCGAGUGGCCGGAGCCGCGAUUCUUCGACGAUCGCGACAUCGCCUACCUGAACCAGACGUUCCACUCGCGCGACCUCUUCACGUGGGGCGAGCACGAGGUCACGUACGCCGCCUACGACACGGCCGGAAACGGCGGAACGUGCAGCUUCACGGUCUACGUCAUACGCGAGCCAUGCAAAGAGCCAGAAGUGCCACCAGGUGUCAGGGCAAGCUGCGAGGUCACCGGUCCGAAUGGUCAGAUGAACUGCUACAUCAGUUGUGAGCUUGACGGGCAGCGAUUCCCACAGCCACUCCCCGCUUUCUACACGUGCGGCACGGACGGCAUCUGGCGGCCGAAUCGCGGCAUUGCCAACAAGCUCACCUACCCUAGCUGCACGAACACGAGCAAGCCGGACUCCGAGAUCAUGUUCCGCAUGAACUACCGCGGCGCGGACGGAUGCUCGCCGGACCUCACCGCGACGAUUAAGGCGGCGGUGACGGGCCGCGUGCGCGAGAUCAACGAGGGGGCGCCGCUGUGCCGCGAGCCGAGCUGUCCGUCGAUGGGCAUCGAGGUGGCGUGCAUCACGGCGCGGAACGGAGCCGUGUUCUCCGCCACCGGCAGCUUCAUCUGGCCUGUGCGGAAGGCAUGUACUACCACACAGGGUCCGGGGAGUGCAGGGACUGCCCGCGCGGAACCUACCAGCAGCAGCAGGAACAGACCGAGUGCGUGCCGUGCCCGCAGAUCAACGGGCGUCCGAGCACGCGCACGGACUGGGAUCACCGACAGCAGCAUGUGUUACGAGUCUUGUCGCCCCGGUCACUACUAUAACCUCACGCUGAGCAUCUGCAUGGAUUGUGGCUUCGGCUUCUAUCAGGAUACUCCCAGUAGUUUCGAGUGCAAGCCUUGUGGAAUCGCCAAGACAACCGUAACGACAACCACCGUGAGGGCACAGGACUGCAUUGAUGACUGCAGCUCGGGCCACGAACUGUCACCAGAGGGCAGGUGCAAACCUUGUCCUAAAGGAACCUACAGGACAGGAGGCCUGCACGAGCGAUGCAUCCAUUGUCCGGCCGACAGACCUGAGACACUGCAACCAGCCGUCUACGAGUCAGAAUGUGUUAAAGUUGGUCAGAAGACGAAGAAUGAAGGGGAUGGAAGCAGGACGAAGAUCAUAAUUGGCACUGGAGGUGCUGGUGGACCCAUCUUACCACCUGACAAAGAUGACAGGAAUGAAGUGUCGUCUGGCAGUGGUGCCAGACACAGUACCGGAUUAUGUUCUGACGAGUGUCACAGUCGUGGAGGCACUUGUACACAGAGACUGGAUUCCUCGUCAUGGUACUGUGAUUGCCCUAAGGGCCUUGAUGGACCAAACUGUGAGAUACAAACAUCCGCAGGCUGUACGAUCGCCUGUGAGAAUGGCGGCUUGUGUCGCUUCAAUGAACAGGAGGAGUUCUGUAUCUGCCCUCCGAGUUUUCAAGGAGAGCUGUGUGAGACUGAAGCAGGAGCGCUGACAACUAGUGAUGUGGCAAAGAUUGCUGGAGGCAUAGGUGGUGCCCUCAUAUGCCUACUCGUUGUUAUCCUCAUCAUUGUCUGUGUAUAUUGUUAUAAAGAUCAGGAUAGGCAGAAAAAGCGGCGGGACGCCAUGAUGUACUCGCACUACAGCAUGCAGCGUCUGCCGGGAAUAUCGCCACCGUCGAUGGCCGAUCCGGCCGAGCUGUAUGCGCGCUCGCAAGCAGCUAGCAUGAUGAGCAUCCCUGGCACGUCUCAGGGUGGCUCCCUCUACAGGCCGGGGACAGGCCUCUCCAAAUCUCAGGGCGCAAUAGCACCGAACGGUAGCAGGGAACGCGCCGCAAAUUACAACCGAAUACAAAUGAGCCGUUCCUAUGGCAACAUGAAUGCCGCGAGGGAUGGCAGCCUGGGCAGGAGUUACACGAACAUGGCGUACUCGGAGCACCCCAGAGACAUGGAAGACUACUACUCGAUCCCUACCGGUGGCAUGCCGACGCUGUGCACGUGUCCUAAAUCUCACAAGCCUCAUCCUCAUCAUAGUCCGAUGUACAAGCACCGACAGAUGGAUCAUCGCUACUAGAAAAGAGCGCCCGACCGAGUGUGAGCGGUCCAAGGCUGCGCGUGUUGUAAUCGUAAUUUCGCGCCAGGUUUUGAAAUCCUCGCGCGACCACACUGCUGGGCUAACGUGUGCAAACGGCGUGUAUCCUAGCGGACGUACGCGGAAAACGGUGCCAUGUGUUUUAAAGCUUGCCUCUAUAGGUUUGACAUGAUUUUAUUUGUAAUUGAUUAGACAGUAUUUCAUUCUUGUCUAUCAGUCACUAUUGCCGUUGCGAUGCCCAUAGGGUGAUGUUGCGAUGGGACUAGCACGGAACGUCAAUCUAAUUUGAAUAGGAAGGUUUAUUCGUGCAAUUCUUGCUUGACUGCAAUUUAUGCCCAUCGCGAAUGAACUGCAUGGGUGCAAGUUUAACAAGACGAUUUAAAUUGACAGCUGGGACUGUCAUAUCGACAGCCAGUGGACAGAUGGGCCCUCACGUGCAGGCAUUCCGUAGGUUGAAUACAAGGAUGGACAACGUAACUGUGAUGAUUUUGUCUUCUAUAUUCUUCUUGCAAAGUCGCACAUGAUUGUAGAUCGACAGACCACAUGUUGAAUUAUAAAGAUAUGAUAAGGAAGGUACGGAAUUGGUUGAGCUUUACGUGCGUGUGUGUGUGAUCAUCUUCGAUGAUGGGCUCGCGGUUACACCAUCUGCGUAGAUGGCAAGUUAUAUAAUUAACUACAAUUAAAGUCCAUAUUUUAUCAGGAGCCCCUCAACAGCGCACUGUCGUAAGCUGUUCGCGUGGCUAUGGCACAUAGUCCGUCACAGUAUUCUGAACUGAGAACAUAAUGUCUCUUGUUAAAACUACCAAUAUUUGGGAGAGGAGAGUCUGUCAUUGUCAUGUCAGUUCACAUGUCAAUUUCAAAUGAGCCUGGUCAUGCAGAAGUGUAAUCAAGUAAACUUGGUUGACAUCUGCCUGUGAUCAUGUUCUUCUGAUGUAAUGUAACGUGUACUAGAAGCAAGACAAAUUAAGAGAUCAUAUAUUCACUGUAUGUAUGUUACAGUUCGUCUAUUUUUAAUAUAAUUUCCGUCAGUUAUUUAACAAAACUUGACGGGAUGUGUUAGUACCAUAUGAUUAUUACAUUCUAGCUCCGAAUCGGAGUGGAUGCCACAGCAUAAUUUACCAGGCAGGUAAAAUUUGUGAUAGAACAGAAAAUUCUAUAUUAUUCAUCUUAACAGUUUUGUUGGUGAUUUUUGUUGUCCUUUGUCAUAUGUCAUGUUCUAUAAUGUUGCUAAAAUGUUUCAUACCCAAUGCAAUGUCAUGAAUAUAAAUAUAAAAUUGUAUUUUUAUGUGUGAUGCAACUUGCUGAUGCAUCACAUUGAUCUGUCAUGUUUUUCCUCAUCAAUAAACUAUAAUUAUUACUAAUAAUUAA